AUAUAUAUGGCGCGCAACGAAUAACAAAUGUUAAGUGAUUUGUUUUUAUCAGUUGUAUAUUGUUAUUAUUAAGUUACUCGCUUAAUAUGACAUCCAUCCAGUGGCACAAGAUCUGUUGUCCAAAUACUCAGCUUCAGCUAAAAACUACGCUUACGGGUGGACAAAGUUUUCGCUGGAAGACUCAUGGUUCAGCCCAGGGCGAAUUCAUUGGUGUUUUUGCCAAUAUUGUAUGGAUUCUGAAACAAACCAGUUCGCAUCUGCUAUAUCGGAUUGUUGGAGAGCUUCCAUAUCCCAAUGAGGGAAAUCAAGAUGUGAUGUCCGAAACAAAUCAUCCCGUUACCGUGAACAAGAAACGGAAGACGUCUGCUAAGGCAAAUCUAGCCCAAAUUCGAUUGAAAGCACCUGAGCCAGAUCAAUACACGACUUGCAGGAAUUUACUGUACCCUUUGAAGUAUUACGAACAGUUGCUUCGAAUUUACUUUCGAUUGGAUAUAGAUCUGGCGAAGCUGUAUCGACAGUGGACAACCUGUCAUACCCAUUUCGAGAAAAAUGCUAAUCAGUUUUACGCGGUGCGUCAGUUGGAUCAGGACCCAGUUGAGAAUGUGUUCUCGUUUAUCUGUAGUCAAAAUAAUAAUAUAUCAAGAAUAUCCAACUUAGUGGAGAAAAUUUGCUCAAACUAUGGAGACAAGAUAUGCGAAUAUGAUGGAAUGGCAUAUUUUAAUUUCCCCACUGUCUCAUCAUUGGCUGCACUCGAGGUAGAAACUAAUCUUCGUAAAUUGAGCUUUGGAUAUCGAGCCAAAUAUAUACAAAAGUCAGCUGAGGAAAUCAUUGCCAAGGGAGAUCUUGAAUGGUUUCAGAAAUUGCAACACUUGAACUACGAGGAUGCUCACCGAGAAUUGCUAUCCCUAACGGGAAUCGGCCCCAAAGUGGCCGAUUGUAUUUGCCUAAUGUCUCUAAACCAUCUACAAGCAAUUCCCGUAGAUACACACGUUUUUCAAAUCGCAAAAAACUAUCUGCCGCACUUGGGAAAAACUAAGAGUAUUUCCGGUAAAAUGUAUGUUGAAAUCGGGAAUAAAUUUCGUGAGAUCUAUCGACCAAUGUCAGGCUGGGCUCAAACGGUGCUUUUCUGUGCCGAUUUGAAGCAGUUCAGAAAGACUGAGGAGAGAACAUUGUCGAAGACAAACGAUGCAGGUAUUAAAGAUCUAUGAAAUGUACAUCAUUAGAAAAUAUGUGCCAUUUUAUAUACAUAACUACAAAAUCGCAUUGAAGUUGUUCCAAUUCCAGUUUUCCAUAUAAUAGUUUGGAAAGGAAUACAAGAGGUUGAUGGCAAUCAAACAGGAUGCCGCCAAAUUAUAACAUCAAAUGCACAAGUUGUUAGCCAAUAGCCCAGAACGUGUUUCACAGGUGCUGACAGCUGAUUUCGAACAAUGUUAUGGAAGAAAUUACUAUGAAAUUGAAGCGAAAUUGGAGAAAUUACCCUUUGCUGGAUAUCGAAUAUCUAGUUGUACAAAAAGACACUAAUAUUGAAUAAAUUUUACUUCGACAAAUUAAAA